GCCGGAAGUUUGUAAAGUUCGAAGUUGAAUGGAACGAUGUUGUGACACAGAGAAGGAGCCAACGCCACCUAAUCUCAAAUGAACCCUACGCAACGCAGACUAUUAACAACCACAAUGAUCGGAAACGGUAGCGCUGGAUUCAGAUUGAGAUGGAUAUGGACCCAAGGGCCGCGCUCCCAACGGCGUUGCCUCAGAAUUCCGGCCAGAUGUUCCACUGACGUUACCGCUCAAUACGCCAUGCUCUGUCUCACUCCGCUUGCUUCCAAAUCUGAUGUUAAACGAGCGUCUCGCAUUGAAGUAUCAUCCAGAUGGGUUCAAAGGGGACGUUUUUCUGAAAAGGAUAAAGCUUUUAGGGAGAUUAAAUCUGCAGAUGAGGUAAAUUUGAUUGCAUUUUGGGGAUGAAUGUGCAUAUGCUCAUUCACUUGGUCACGUUGAGAACCUUAAAAUCCCCAAAGAUGAUUAUAGUUUUUCUUCGAGUUUGGUUAGUAACUUCUAGAUUUCUUUGGGUUUCCUCAGAGACAAUGAUGUAUUGGGUGUUGGUUACACUGCUUGAGUUAUGUGGGGGAGGUUGUUUAAGUUUGUUCCUUUUUCUUAGAUUUUCUUAGGUAUUUGUUAUGGAAUUCUCAGUUAUUAGUCCAUGAUUUCUAGUGUGUUGAUUAGGAAUUUGGUUCAAUGACUUUUAAUUUAGCAGAUUUGUUUCAUUUGCUGAUGAAUUCUGAUGUGAUAACUUGAUUCUUAUAAAUUCUGGUGUCAUAA